GGUGGUGGGUUAUUGGGAGAAAGGAGGAGAAGGACACGCAGGAAACGCAGACCCCAGAGCAGCCCACCUCCUCUACCAGAGCCCGGCGUUCACGGACAGAUCUGACCGCGGAUCAGCGCACUCGGCUCCCUCCGACACUACGAGUUACACCAACUGGGACUCAGACCAGAGGAAAUCGUGUUCGUCGGUAGCCAGGUCCGCACGCCAAGACUCAUCCACAGCAGAGCACGGCGAGGGAUCGGACAAGAAGGGACCGAGGAUCCAGGGGGAAGGAAGACUGCUCGGAGCCACACGGAGAGUUUUGAGGCACAAACACAAUUUAGCGGCGAGAGGAGAGAGGACUGGCCGGCCCCGCUGAAGGAAGGAGUAGUAUUACGCGUAGCUAAUUUCCAACAUUUUCUAUUCUUGGCAGCGGGAGUGUGCUCUCCGAGCCACAUUUAUAAAGAGAGCUAGCGGAAUGUAAUGCUAGCAGGCUAGCUAAUGUUAGCUAGCUAAUUAGCUCGUCAGGCAUCCGAGAGUCAGACGUGUGAUCUUUAUUAAAAUAGGUCAGUGUUUGGCGUCGCUUGGCUCUUUUUUUUUUCUUGGGAUAGCUGUACUUAAUGUGCUUUGUGUUGGAUCCUGGCAUGGUCACAAUGAUCUGCCUCGCAUAGCUAAAGCUAAGUUAGACAAUAAACAGUGGAGGCUUACUAUAUAUUGAUGAGAAUCUGUCCGGUAUUAUAGGGAAAAUCCAUUGUGAAUAUCGAGCUGUGGACAAAUCAAAAGGCAAAGGUAGAAAAAACCCAAAACAGAACAAGACUUUUGACUGGCGACUGUCUGCCGUCCAAUGUUAAUGUCGACCGACGUUGCAUCUAUAAUGCUACCCGUUAGUCGGGGAAUAAUGGACCGGGAAAGGGACAUUGAUACAGCGGCCGGACCCCUCGCGAACGCGGCCGGGGGUCCAGCGGUGGUCCGGGGUAUGAAGCGUGGAGACCCGGAACCUGACGCUCAGACAGCCGCUGCCCUCACCGACUUGGCCGGGGCGGAGUGCAAAAGACCAAGAAUAGACGGGACCGAGAGUGUUGUUGGUGACAUUGGACAGAACAAUGAGCCUUUAAACCCCGGUUUCCAUGGAUACCCACCUCACAGUCAGGGCUCUCAGGAUUCAACAGGAGGACAGGAGGGCUUGGUGGCCCCGCCGUUCGCAGCCUUCCCCCCUCCACCCCCUCCUCAGAACGGGCUACCGGGGACAGAGUUUGGUCCUGGGGCCAUGUUUGGUGCCGGGGGCCAAGGUUCAGCAGAGGUAGGGGCCGGUGCUAACGGAGCCACCACCACCUCCACCGCCAACAACAACAAUGUGAAGGCGGAGGAGACGUCUCAGGGUGAGGCGGGCGUACAGUGUGGUACAGGAGGGACAGGAGCAGGAGGCUCCGCCGGGGACUCCGCGGAGGCCAAAGGGACCCCGAAACGCCUCCACGUCUCAAACAUCCCCUUCCGCUUCCGGGACCCUGACCUCAGGCAGAUGUUUGGGCAAUUUGGGAAGAUUCUGGAUGUAGAGAUUAUUUUCAAUGAAAGGGGUUCAAAGGGUUUUGGCUUUGUGACAUUUGAGAACAGCGCAGACGCAGAGAAAGCCCGGGAAAAGCUCCACGGCACGCUGGUGGAAGGUCGCAAGAUUGAGGUGAAUAACGCCACCGCCAGGGUGAUGACUAACAAGAAAAUGGUCAGCCCCUAUCCUAAUGGAGAGGCUCUCAGCACGCUGCCCUAUGCUGGGUGGAAAUUGAGUCCUAUGGUGGGAGCCGUGUACGGACCAGAGCUGUACGCAGUCCCAGGGUUUCCCUACCCUUCAGCAGCUGCAGCAGCAGCCACAACAGCGGCGGCGGCGUUCCGCGGCGCCCACCUCAGGGGCCGAGGCCGACCCGUCUACAGCGCUGUGCGGGCCGCUGUGCCUCAGCCUGCCAUCCCUGCCUACCCUGGUGUGGUGUAUCAGGAUGGGUUUUACGGCGCUGCAGACUUAUAUGGAGGCUACCCUGCUGCUGCCGCCGCCGCCGCCGCCUAUCGCUACGCCCAACCCGCUGCUGUAACCGGAGCAACCGCCGCAGCUGCCGCCUACAGCGACAGUUAUGGCCGGGUGUACACUACAGAUCCAUACCACGCUUUAACUCCAGCUGCUGCUGCGUACGGAGUAGGAGCCAUGGCCAGUUUAUACCGGGCGGGAUACAGUAGGUUUGCUCCGUACUAAAGCCACAAAUCACAUCCAAGGAAUUUCAAUCUGCUCCAAAAACCCUUUUUUCAAGCUCUUUGGCAGCAGCUCCCUUCCAUUCUUCUGCAGGCAGACUAUUGUGACAACUCGUGUGUUUUUUUUCUUCUUUUUUCUUUGUUUUCUGGUUUGUGUUUUUUUUUCUUUUUCCUCUCUUGUGGCGAGGAGGGAGGUCUUUGCCACAUCAUCAGCUCCAACUGUGUUUCUGUGCUCUUCUUUCUGUUGCUGACGUGGAAACAAUGAAAAAACUAAACUGCCAGGAGUUUAAAAAAAAACAAAACAGCUGGGGCCUGAUACUUUUGGACUACGGGGCACAAUUCAGGAUGGUUUUUAAAAACACUACGGGACCUGGAAGGAGACGGACCGGCUGUUCCUGUGUGAUCCUGCACACUACAAAUGUUUUUCCUGAGAGUUUUUUGAACUUACAGUAUAUCCACUGCCCUAAUCACACCUAUGUACACACACUUUACAUUCAAGUAUACAGUCUCCUCUACGUUUUCCUUUAGUGAUUGCCGCAGCACUACGAUAAAAAAGGUACUUCUGUUUUUAAACACUACACCGACAUAGAACUGCCCCCUCUGCAGCAGUCACCCCUCUGAUUAAACAUUGUAUAAUAAUAAAAAAAAAAAAGAAUCAAAAGGUGCACCGCUCCCUACAGAAGAUGUUGGACUCGGAAGCAUCACAAACCACUGUUCUCCAGCAAACUGCGAACAAUAUGGCAUGUCUCUCUAAGUUUUUUUUUGUCACUUUCUAUCAUUUUGCAACUUUCCCAAGCGUAUAAGGAAAAAAAAAAAAAAAAAUACUCUUUAAAGACGAAAAAGACAAGGAAAAGAAACAAAGUGGCCGUUUUUUUUCUGCAUUACCUCAGUUUUUCUUGCCUCCGUUUUGUCGUGCUGCCAUUGAGAAGUCAUUACGACAUGUUUCAGUAAUAGAGCCGUUCAUUUGCCUUUUUUUGUUUUGUUUUGCAACGCUAAGAUGGAGCGCUGGAUCGGUUUCUACCCCCGUAUGUAACCGCGCCUCCCUCCUAAGGCUUCAUGUGCUUCUUCCAAAAAAGGACCCGCUUUUAUCGCCUAGACCGUCAGACAUUCCAGCUGUAGCGAGGAAUGAACGGAUCAGAUGGACAAAGAACCGCAGAGCGCAAAACGGACUACAUUCAGCUCCCACGCACUCGGGGAACUAAUCAUCUGCCAGUCCGCCGAGUGGAAUGGGGAUCCCUCCUGGCCGAUUGAGAUGUUUCUGCUGAUAGUGUCUGAUCUCAGCCCGGAUUAGAACGCAGCCAAUCACAGUGAAACCGAAAGAUGCGAGUCUUAAAGAAAAACAGUAACACAGUGAGAUUUAAGCAGCAGUUUUCUAUUUAUAUUCAGUGUUUUCACUAGCUGUCCACAUCAUGAUGUAAUUUCAACUUCCUCAUCUUCAUCACGCUCUCUGGGAUCGUUUAGUUUUUCCUUACCGGUGCAUCUGAAGGCAUGGCAAUCGACUUAUCAACUCAACUCUGUCCUGUAUGUAUCCAUAUAUCCUCACUGUGUUGUUAUAUCUGUUGUUUUUUUUUGUUGUUGUUGUUACCUUUUUGGUUCCAAAGAUUUUCUGACAAAAAAAGCACAUUUUUGGUCCUGAUGUAUUUCUUAUUUUUGUGGGUUUUUUUGUUUAUAUGUGUGUUGGAGCUGGAGAACACACGGGAACUCUGACCCGCAAACACCAUGCCGCUGUUAACACACUAAUUUAUUGGCUUUUUUUCCUUUCUUUUUAGCGCUGACACACGAACACGGUGUAGAUGCGGAGGUGUUUGCUGCAGACGAGGGAAAUCAGAGCAGAUGGGAGUCAUGAGGGAAAGACCCGCGGUUUGGCGACGGGAGGAUAUUUCCCAGCAGGGCCAAAUUACAGUAAAUGGAUGGGGGGUGGGUGGGUAGAAGGUGUAGAAGGUGAGAAAGUGGGGGGCUUCAUACAAUGUCAAAAGGGCCCCGUGGCCCAGCGGUGGCCGCCUCUUUUUGAACAAUGAAACGACUUGUGGGCGCUCAGUGGAGGGACGUCGGUGAAGGUGAGAAGCUGAGCCAUUAAUCAUGAGCUGACAGAAUAACGACGCCCCCCUCCAACGCCGCCGUCGUCUUUUUUUCAGGGGGUACAGUGGCGACGAGGGGCGAUAUUGUUUGGUAUGAUUGUGCGCAGUAGGUCCGACGAGUGUUUUUCUUUUUGUCUUAUUAUUCCUUACGAGUAUUACCAGAAGUGUUGCUAUGCAUGCUUUCGUGAGAGAGAUAGAGGAUUGAGGGGGGGGGGGGGGGGGGGGGGUGUCUGGCUUUUCUUUUUCAUUUGUGCAUGAAUUCAAAUCCUAGUGCUGGAGAAGGAGGAAGAGGAGGAGGAGGUCGUGGUGUUUACAUAGCAGGAAGGGGCAAGAAGUGAUGCGAGGAGACGGGUCCGGGGCCAAGUGUGUGGCUGGCUUUAUGGUAGCUGAUUCAGUCCUCUUCAAUAAUGUGGGUUAUCUCUGCUCUGUGCCUCUGUGGUCGCCGUGGUAAUCACCAGUCAUAUCAGAUGUGUAAAGUUUAAUUUGGUAUGCCUGGACCCCUUGCGGUUUGCUUUUAUAAUGAACAUAAAACUCAAAAGUGAUAGAAUGACAGCACCGGCCCGCACCGGCAGUAACGGAAGUUUCAGCACGGAGACGGUGACCUGGCAGCUGUUCUGGUGAACCUGCCCACUGAGAUGUUCCUUCAACGGCUUCUCCGCCUCGCUCAUGCAGCCGGCUGAAGCAGCGACCCUUUCGCUUGCGUUCGUCUCCGCUAAUUGGAGUAAAUCUCACUCAAAAGGCUUCAAAAAUAACCACAGAGGUGUGCUGGAAGGACACUACAGUCACCCCCGCUGACCCUGACGCCCUGCGCUCAAGUCAGCCCAGUGGGAGUUUUUGUACAGCGAUUUAAUAAAUGGGUUUGAAUUGCAUGUGAAGGGUUUUUUUUGUUUUGUUUUAAAAAAUUUUUUGGUCACAUGCGCUCAAAAAGCUCAUUUAUCCAAGUGAUUUUUAAAAAUAAGUGACAUGUAUUAUCUCACGAUGUUUUAUUUUUGCCAUCCUUGUGUCUGCCUUCUGUUUAUUCUCUUCAUUAUUAUUGAAUGUAUAUAAUAAAUAAACUGUUUGGUUUUUA